AUAUGUAUCGAUAUGUGUGUAAAUAUAUAUAUAAGCAGAGUUGUAAACUGAUCGAAAAGUACAAAGAUAAAGAUGGUACUUGUCCGAAACAUGUUCGAGACGUUAUUCCAGGAUCACGACUCUCAAAAUAUGGUAAUUACGAGUAUAACGAGGAACGUGAGAAGAUCUAUAGAUCAGAGAAUGACGAUAUACGAUCGAUCAACAAGACAUUUCAUUUCUAUGCGAAAGAGAUCACGGAACCGUGGAUGUUACCGGAAGUGGAAGAACAUUUCGCUCGGUUAAUUUCAGGGAAUGUUAAAAGAGCGAAUCCUAAACUGUUAGCCGUUCGAUAUUUUCAAUUAAAAGUUCGUAUAUCAACAAUUUCGCUAAUUUCAAAUAAUUCUCUUCGCAAAGCUCAGCAUUGAAGGAAUUGCAGUCUACCGAUAGUUCACUAAGAGAAUAUAAUACACGUAUGCAACGUCAUUUCAAGGCAAACUGGAACGAUGUUUUGCAAAAUGAACAUUCAGGACAUAAGAUUAAUUCGAAUCUAAAGAAACGAACAAGGAGGCACGGUGGUGAAUCAUUUGCUAUUUAUAAACCUAAUAAUAUUGAUACAACAGGAAAGAACAAUGAAAUCAGUGAUCACAAAAAAUACAAACCACCUCGUUAUACAAUCGACGCGCCAGGUGAAUUACAAUUGCAAACAUGUAUUUCUUGUGAAAACGUACGAGAUCUUUGGAACCCAAUUAAAAUAGAACAACAGCAACAACAACAGCUGUUCAUUACUCCGAAUAAACGUUUACACUAUCAACAACGACAACAACAACAACAAUGUAAUCGUCAGGAACAACGUGUUAACGUUUGCAAAGGCCAACAACAAUUAUACUGUGCCGUACAGUAUCAACCUUUGGCGUUAAAAAUGAAUUAUCAUCAAACUAGAUUUCAAACGGAUAGCUAUGAGAUAAUGAGAAAACCUUUAGCGCCAAAUUUGAGUCCAGAAGUUCCAGAAUUUUUUCCAAAGUGUCCUGUCACCUGUUUGAAUAAUCAUAAAGAACAAAGAGUUAAUCCUAUACAAUAUUUUCCAUCGUUGAACGAGAAGAGUUAUCAAAAGGAAUUAUUUCCUUAUAAUAGAACUUAUGAAACUGUUGUAGUGACAAGUUUCCAAGUAAAUAACAUACCUAUACCAAUGUUACCAAGCAUGGACACGAGCCAUUAUAUGAGAACACCUAAUCAAUGGAUCCAAAGAGUAACAACACCUGGACAAAUACAUAUACCAGUUUCUUCAUCUAACCAACCAGUUUAUAGAUCUCUUCAAGCAACACGUACGAGUAUUAUUAAUCAAAGACCUCAACAGGUGAAUCCAACACCUAUUCCAGUUUAUCAACGUCCUUUGGAACUUUAUACGGAUCCAUCUCAAAUUCGUAAAAAUACUCAAGGAGUCGACUUCGAUAAUUUAAUAUUAUUGACAAAAAAUGCAAUGAAAGUUCGAAGAAGUUCUUCAAGAAAUCGACAACAAUCUAAACAAUCUAAUAAAAAGACUGAACAUAAUGUCUUUCAAUGCUUGAAUAAAAGUUGUCCAAAGAAAACUAAAGAACUUAUUAGUAUGAACGCAGUAGUAACGGAAUUGGAAAGUUUUGAAGAGAAAUUUGAUCAUGGUAAGGUUGCAUCUGGAUGGAAAACCAAUGAACCAUUGAGACAACAACAAAUUACAGAACAUUUGAAAUCAAAUGCAUGGACUAUGAUGGAAAACACUGACGCAAGAACAAUAUCAAGUAAUGAAACAGAUAUGGAAGGGGAUUUAACACAAAACAAGAAACGUCUUUACAGAGAUGUAUUAACGCACACAUUAACUCUAUCACAUAUAAAAUUAAAAAUUUAAAUAAUCAUGAAAUUAUUAAAUUAUAUUAUAACUAUGAGCUAUGACUGAUAAAAUUUUAAGAAACAAAUUAUCAUUAUAAAUAAAAUAUUAUGAAUGAAAAUAAAUUCAAUAAAAAAUAGAAAAAUCAUCCAUUAAGAAUUUUAUGACAUUGAACGAGAAAUGAAGAAUUAAAAUUAAAUGAAAACA